UCUAGAAACAGCGUCAUCUAAUUAGUAAAACUGAUAUCAUCGCACGUGGGUGAGGGGGGGUGCUUUCAUAAAUUUUGUUUUCAUUUGAUUUAUGAUUGUGAAUUUCAAUUUAGUCAAAUUUUUGUGUGCAUUUUCAGUCAGCUUCUCAUUUAAGAAUUAUUAUAUUAUUAUCGGUAUAAGCAUUAUAUUUGUUCAAGCGGGUGACUGCAUGAAGGUAACGUAGGACAAGAGGUCCAGUAGGGAGGAUGUCUCUUCCAGGAUUGGAACCCUGUAUAUUUUAUGGAUUGACAAAUGGGAUCAAGAACAAUGCUUGGUUUAUUACCGAAGAUGAAGUACUAUAUCCUGUCGGAGCUGUCCUGACUCUUCAUGAUUUUAAUUCCAAAACUCAGAAAUACAUAAAAAUUGCUGCCCCGCAAAAAGUCCUGUCAAUUUUAGCUCUUAGUCCCAAUAGGCAGUAUGUGGCUGUCGGAGAAAAAGGUGACAAACCAUCAAUAUCAGUUUACAACUUGUCUUCCUUGCAACGUGAGAAAGUGCUUCGGUUGCCAUUUGAAACCCAGUCUCAAGAAUUUGUCUGUUUAAGUUUCACUUGUGACAAUCGUUACCUAGUCGCUGUGUCUGGUGAUCCAGACUGGAUGUUGUAUUAUUACAACUGGGAAAAAGGAAAAGUCGAAAGUUCAGCCAAAGCAAUCUCAAGUUUACUCCACCACGGCUCCAUUCAAGAUGCACGUAUACUUUUUGUAAACGUCAUUUUCGCAGAGAAAGUUUUAGUUUUACCUAUCGUGAAUUCUUUUCUUGUAUCAUUCACAUUUUCUUGUUUGCAGAUGGCUCCAAAUCCAAGUGAUCCAUCGACAAUUGUCUUGGUCGGAGCAAGUUUGUUUCGACUGCUGACAAUUCAAGAGUCUGUUUGGAAACAGUACGGAUUUCAGAAAGCUGAUCUACUGAGUUUCACAUCUGUUUGUUGGAUUUCAGCUGAAAGAGUUAUGGCCGGCACUAAAGAUGGGCGUUUAGUUUUUGUGGAAAAUGGAGAAUUGAGAGCUACAUUCAACGCAAUGGAGGUCACAACGAUUAAUUUUUUACCUCCUCGUAAAGAAGGAGAGGAAACAACUGACUCAAGUUCUCAAAUAAUCGCAAGUAUGACCUCUAAAAUUGAAGCAACUUCAGAUGGUGAUCGAUCAGUACGAUGUCUCACAGGAUAUGUGAAAGGGUUUUUGUUUGCUGGUGCACCUGGUUUGGUGCUUGUCUUUGGCAAAGAAUCAAAUCUUAGGUAUGUCAAAAAGAAUGUGUUUCAUGUCGAGGGCUGCAAAAUAAAAAAUCAGUCCCUACAAGAAACGCAUUUGGUUCAUCGUCUAUGUGUGAGCCCAGAAAUGGACAAACUAUUGUGCACAACCCAAAGAUCCCAAAUUUUUUGGAUUGAACUAUCUGACUCAUCAUCAAACAAGAGCAAUUUCCAGAAAAGUUUUAAACUGAUGGGCGAGAAGAUUCAUCAUGGACCCAUUAUUAGCUUAUCAACAUGUGCCUGGAAGAAUAUUUUCAUGACUUGUGGUGAAUUAGACCAAACUGUGUCUCUGUGGGAUUACACUACUUUUCAACUUUUAAUGUCGCAUACGUUUCAAGAGAGUGUUUUCUGUGUCAGUUUGCACCCUACAGGUCUGUAUGCAGUGAUUGGGUUUUCUGACAAACUGAGGUUUAUGUUGGUCCUUAUCAAUCAAUUACAAGUUUACCACGAGUUUCCCAUCAAAGGAGCACAAGAAGUUGCCUUCAGUCAAAAUGGCCACUUAUUUGCCGUUGUUGAUGAGACAUUCAUUCUCAUUUAUUCUACCAUCACAUUUCAGUUGCUGUACACUUUUAAAGGACACUGUGACACGAUCAAAAGCAUGGUCUGGACCAAAGAUGAUGGGAACAUGUUCUCUUGUGGCUUGGAUGGCGCUAUGUAUCAAUGGGAUACUUUCAGAGGCAAGCGAGUUGGUGAUGUAGCAUCAAAAAGUUGUCAAUAUUCAGACGUUGCUGUUACUGCUGAAGGCAAAAUUGUUUAUGUGAUUGGCAAUGAGGGUGUGAUCAGUCAAAUAGAAAAUUCUGUGGUUGUAAGUCGAACUGAUUUGAUAAAUGCCCCACUGGACUGCAUCGUUUUAUCGGAAAAAAGGAAACUUCUAUUCGUAUCUAGUCUGAACGGAGUUAUUCUAUCCAUACGUUAUCCUUUAUUACCAACAGCAGAGUUUGAAGAACAUGUGAUGCACAAUUCCAAUAUCUCUUGUAUGCUGUUGACCUACAAUUACGAUUACUUGAUAACAGCUUCAGUUGAUGGCUGUUUGUGCAUUUGGAAAGUUAUUAUGAAAGAUUCCUAUGAAAGUGAGGCUUUAGUUCAAUCCAAAGAAAUUUUAAUAAGUAAGGAUGACUUAGCUGAAAAAAUACACUACAUCACCGAAUUAAAAUCUAGAAUAGUUGAAAUGGAAAAUGAACAUGAUUAUGUCACGAAGAAAAUGGAAACAAAGUAUGAAGAAGAAACAGCGAAGCUUCUGGAAUAUUAUAAUUCGGUGAUUGAAGAUUUCAAAAAGAAGAACCAUGAACUUGAAACUGAACACAAAGUAAAAUUGAACAGAAUACAGGCAGAGAUUGUACAAUUAAAUGAAGAUCAUCUUCAGGACAUGCAGAAUAUAGAAAAUAAGUACAAUCGAAAAUUAGUGGAGGAGUACGAUAAAUAUCAACAAUUUGAAAGCAAGGUCCAGUCUAUGAAAGAAGACUUUGAACGGCAAAUGGAAGAACAACAAAUGCAGAAACUCAAGGAAAUUGAAAAAAUAACCUCUGAAUUUCAAUCAGAACUACAAUCAAGGAGUCUGGAAAUCAGCAAGUUACAAGAUGAGUUGAAGCAAAAAGACAUCAAUCAUGAAGAAAUCAAAGUUCAAAUUGAAGAAGAUGCUGAUAGAGAGAUAAUAAAUGUCAAAAUUGAUUAUGAAAAAGAACUCGAAAAAGAACGUGAUAAUUUGAUCCAGUUAAGAAGAGAAGUCGGUGUCAAUAAGAAGAAAUUUGUAACGGCGCAAAAAGAGAUUGAAAAUUAUAAAAUCGAGAUUGGUCAGCUCCGUCAAGAACACAAGCAGUACGAGAAUAAAAUACAAGUGUUAGAGAAAGAUGUUGAGGAUGUCCUCAAAGAAAUCGCUGAAAGAGACAGUAUUAUUCAAGAGAAAGAGAAACAGAUAGCUGCCACCAAAAGUAAAGUUACUGAACUAGAGAAAUUUAAGUACGUUCUCAACUAUAAGAUCAGUGACUUGAAGCAUCAGAUUUUGCCGAAAGAUCAAGAAAUUCUUGAAAAGAAUGCUGUCAUUAAAGACAUAAAAACGGAAAUAGAAGAUUUGAAAAAAGAAACUGCAGCCUCCAAAUACCGAGCGGAAACCGCAGAACGGAAGUUAUUAGCUUUGAAAACAGAACUAAUGAAAGAGCAGGAAAAGAAUCAUAGCUUGUAUCUACUUUUGGAUAAAAUUCGUAUUGAUAUCUAUUCAGCAUCGUGUUUACUCCAAGACCCCAAAAAAUUGAAAGAAAUUGUAUUAAAAUUGCACCAUAAUUACAGUGCUGAUGACAGAUUCGAAAAAAUUCAAGAAAAACAACUGGCAACACUAUCUGAAUUCAAUGAACAGAGAGAGUACCUUGAAAAUAUGAUAAAAACUCUCACAAACCGCUUGAAGAAGCAAUCGGAAAAACCAUCAACUCUAAAUAAAAUGAUGAAGGAAAAUAAUGCUCUGAUGGAGGACAUCAACAGAUUUCAAAGUGAGCUGAAGCAAGUGCAGAGUAAGACAGAAAAAUAUAAGAAGUUACUCCAAGAACGGCCUUUUAAAGCCACUGAACCUCAAGACACAUUAAUUGCUGAUGAAAGAAAAUUUUACCGUUGCAAAAUUAAUGAUCAGCAAGCCAAAAUAAAAUCUCUAGAAGAAGAAGUUGAGGCUUUACAGUCUAGAAUUAUGCAGACAGAAAAAGUUAACGAAUUGUCCACCUAAGAAAGAAGUUGAAACUAUCAUGUAGCUUAGCAGAUAUUCAUUCCCUAAAGUUGUAAAAGACGAGUAACAGAUACGCUCUCCAGGGAAUGCGUUGAAGAUCGAUUGACCCAGUGCUGAAUUUGUAAUAAAUAGUUCAACCAAAAAAAAAAUGUAUUUGAUUUUUGUUUUGUAGAUUUGGUGAAUUUUUUCUCUCGUUAAAUAAUCACUGUGAGUCUAUAUAUUUGAUUUUCAA